AUGGAGGAUUACAGUAAUUUUGGCUGUGCAUUUGGUGGUUCUCGUUUUGAAGCCUAUUCUUCUCAACAGCAUCCUGUACAUGACUGUUUCGGGACCAAAAGCACUGGAAAUACGGCACCAACUGACUUACAUAUGAAGUUGGUCCCUGAAAACUCCUGCUCCAGGAAACGUCAUUUCGAUCAGCCCGAUUUUUUCGAAGGCGUGUACGUUCCACAAAAGAGGCCUGCGUCAGAAGAAGCGAUUUCGAGGGGACUUUCUAAUUUAAAUAUUUCCCAGCAUUCUGGCAUCAAGUACAAUGAGGUGGAAAUGGUGUCCGUUGAGGAAACAUCCGAUGAAUCCGAUGAUGAAUGUGAUGAAGAGAAAGGCUUUAGUCCCAAAGCCUGCCUUGCCCUGGUGCCGUAUGUCCCCCGUCCUACACUGCCCCCCAUCCCAGCCUCCGAUUCUCCCAUCAGCAGUAAUUUCGAUGACAAAGAUAUGACUGAGACGAAAGUCGAAGAAAAUGAGCCGAUGGAAUGCCUUUCGGUCAACCAAGCGCCUGAACUCCGACUUACUCCUGCUUUCGAAUCAUCAAUAUCGUUAGGACAAGUUGGCAGUGCUUCCUCUCAACCAACAUUUGUUUACGAACAACCGGAAUCAUCGAAACUCGUGGGAGCUUCCUACACCCUAAUGGACCAUCGGGAUGGUUAA